AGCAGGUCACUCCCUCCGUGCUGUCAGCAGCUCUGCGCGCUUCAAACUUGCAGUCGCACUGAAGUCGCUCUGUUUCUACCGUCUCUGUUAUCCAGGUUUUUGAGUUUCUAAAGGCCAAAGUUUUGUAAUGUGUUAAAGUCCGUUUUGUGCCGGCUGUCUUCUGGGAGGAAUUACCGUGUAUUUUUUGUCGCUUCUGGUCGGAAAGCAGCGGGAGGAAAUGUCCAGUUGAGGAUUGGAAAUCCUGAAAACCGCAGGGCCUGUGUUUGUAAUGAUUGAUCAAUGCUUCGACAAUGGCAGUAAAGGCACAAGUUUUAUAUGACUUCUCUGCUGAGCCUGGAAACAACGAGCUGACAGUGAAAGAAGGCGAGACAAUCACUAUCACCAAUCAGCAUAUUGGAGGUGGCUGGAUUGAAGCACAGAACUCGAAAGGGGAGGUUGGAUUGGUGCCAGAAGACUACAUAGAGUUCGGUAAGUCGGCGCCAUCAUUUCCAGGAGCAACAAGCACCGCAGCACCUACUCCAAGUGUAGGAAAUGCAGCAUCGACAGAUCUGGCCUUCUUUGAUUCUUACGCUCCCACAUCAGCACCUGCACAUAAUCAGGCUAGUAAUGGUAAUGAUCCCUGGUCGGUGUGGAACGCAGACCCCUCAAGGGGCUCCUCUAACAAUUGGGCGUCAAAUCCAGAGGGCACUCAGACUGGGAAGAGUGCUGCCGGGGACCCCUGGGGAUCUGUAUCACAGGGCCACCCUCAGGCUUACCAGGGUCCAGGAGCAGAGGAUGAUGAGUGGGAUGAUGAGUGGGAUGACAUAAAGUCUACUGGAGGUUAUGCGGAGUCUGAAGCUGGAGAAGGUGGUGCCUUGCAGAGAGGUGGACCUCAUGCAUCUUCAAUGAAAAUCUCCCUCAACAACAGGUUUCCUGGGUUCUCCAAGUCUGGUCCAGAGCUUUACCUUCUAUGCAAGCAGGUUGCUAAGAGCAAAGACAAGCUAGCGAUUUAUUUAGGAGAAGUUGGUCCAGUGUGGUCAUACCCAGACACUCAGCUGGACUGUGUGGUGGCUGAUCCCAAGAAAGGCUCAAAGAUGUACGGUCUCAAGAGCUACAUCGAGUACCAAAUCACUGCCAGCACCACAAACCGACCAGUUAAUCACAGAUACAAACACUUUGAUUGGCUGUAUGAGAGGCUCCUGGACAAGUUUGGGUCAGCCAUCCCCAUCCCCUCUUUGCCAGACAAGCAGGUAACAGGGCGGUUUGAGGAAGAGUUUAUUAAGAUGCGUAUGGAGCGGUUGCAAGGCUGGAUGAGCAGGAUGUGCAGGCACCCGGUCAUUUCCGGCAGCGAAGUAUUCCAGCUUUUCCUCACCUACAAGGAUGAGAAGGACUGGAAGACGGGGAAGAGAAAAGCAGAGAAAGAUGAGACAGUGGGAGUGAUGAUCUUCACCACGAUAGAGCCUGAGGCUCCAGACCUGGAUCCUGUAGAAGUCGAACAGAAAUGUGAGCAGUUCAGCAGGUUUACCAAAGCCAUGGAUGACGGGGUAAAGGAAAUCCUCACAGUGGGCAAUGAGCACUGGAAGAGAUGUACAGGCCCUCUGCCGAAAGAGUACCAGAGAAUCGGCAAAGCCUUCCAAAACCUCUCCUCUGUGUUCACCAGCAGCGGAUACCAAGGUGAGUCAACCCUGACUGAUGCCAUGACAGCAGCAGGAAAGACAUAUGAGGAGAUUGCUCAGAUGGUGGCAGAGCAGCCCAAGAAAGACCUUCACUUCGUCAUGGAGACCAACAAUGAAUAUAAGGGUCUGCUUGGAUGCUUCCCCGAUACUAUUGGAGUUCAUAAGGCAGCCAUAGACAAGGUGAAGGAGGGUGACAAGUUGGUGGCCACCAGUAAAAUUACCCCUCAGGACAAAGUCACCAUGGCUAAACGAGUCAGCACCAUGUCUUACACAUUGCAAGCUGAGAUGAACCACUUCCACAGCAACCGUAUCUACGACUACAACAGGGUCAUGCAGUUGUACCUGGAGGAACAAGUCAAGUUUUACGAGACGAUUGCUGCAAAGCUGAGACAAGCACACGGUCAGUUCACUACAAUGUGAAAGCAACAGCCAGCAGUCUCGCACUAUAAGAUACGAAGAGUUAUACCAGCUUGACAUCCAAAAAAUUAUUCUUGCUUAUACUGCAUUCUUUACCCUGUUUAAUUUAAAUUUCACUUCUCUCUUUCUCUCGCUCUUACCUCAUCUCUUCCUUUCUGCUCAUGCCAACAGUCCUAGCUUAUAGUGUUACUUUUGCCCGCUGCUCCCAGAGGUUUAUGAACUGUAAUGAAAAGGCAAUUAUAGCAGAAUAAAAUACACUAUUUACACACAGCCCUUCCUCUGUACAAGGUCCGCAGCUUGUGUUACAGGAAGUAAACAGUUUGUGUCCUUGAAUUGCCUCAUUGCAUGAGUCAAAGCCCAGAGUUUCUCUAAUGUAAUACACAUUUUUGUACAGCUAUGAGCACAAACAUGCCUGUAGCCACAUUUGCCUAUUUUAAAGCAAUAAUCCACUUUUUUUAAGACAUCAUUCCAUGUUAAAAACAGUAGAGGAAAGGAUCGACAAAACCAGUUGCCCCUCUUUCAGUAGAGACAGAUGGAGUUUGAUUUCUGAAUGCAGCAUGGACAGCGAAUCAGAGCUUUACUGUUGUUAUUUUGGCCAAUGUUGGGUGCAUUUUAAUUUUUGCUACUAUCAAGAGAGUCCUUUUAAGAAUGCAAGCCUUAGAUUAGUUGGCAAAGACAGAGUGUGUGUCCUCUGUAUGUCCACUGCUGGCUGUGCCUAGCCUCCUUUCAUCCUGCACUUCCCUUAACGCUAACAGGAAGCCCCUACCCCUUCCUAUCUCUCUCCCGUGCCUUGCCCCGUUGAGUAGAGAAAAUGUCAGUUUACAUUUCAGGAGAGAAGGGCUCAUUAUUUUUAAACAUUGUAUGUUAAAGCCAAAAGUCAGCGACUUAAUACUGAGUUUAGUCUGUGCCAAACGUAAUUUCUUUCUCCCAGUACUCCUGAAGAAUGUUUGUCCAUUGUUUUGACCAGAUUAUGGUGUUUUUAUAUGAAGGUGUCAUCUUUAAGAGUCUGUACUAUACAAGUUUGGGAUGGAGCCAUGGAUUAUGUCAUGUAUGCAGUUUUUCUUUUGCUUUUCACCACUUAGUUUUCAAUCAAUCUCUAAUCUUGUUCACCCUUUGUUUUUCACUUGAUACAUGGAAGAAAAAUGAUAUAUAUAUAUAUAUAUAUAUACAGUAUAUAUUCUAUUGACCUAUCAGGUGCUUCUUGUCAUUGAGAUACUAUUUUAUGUAUAGAAGUAUUUGCAAUACUAUGUAACUCAGAAAGAGGAGCAAAAAUUCAGUUUUGAUUAAUUAAACAAUGAUUUGUACUCA